AUAAGCUGGCAGUAUUGAUAGACAGUGUAGGAUAGUAUUGCGACACAAAUUAGUUCAAAUAUAUAUUCUACUGCCAUAACUGUGAGUUAAAAUUAAAAAAAAAAAAAACAACACCACCGGAUCAGGUUUUUUUAAUGUGAACUAUUUACCUAAACUAGAAUGUACAUACUAACACUACCACGCGUAAAAAUUUUAUUCGGAUUCGGUAUAGCUUGUCUACUGGUGCAGCUUUUAUUUAUCAGCUAUUACAACGAAAUACGUCUCUUCUACAAUAAUCUGUGUAAUAAUAUAGUAAAACACGAUGUCCCAUCAACCCACCCUGAGCCAAAACAUCACCCCAAGCUUUCCAGUAUUCUGGAUAUAAUUGAUGAAAAAAUUCAAACCAAUGAAACAAAAGUCAUUCAUCUCACAUUGUGUCCACAAAUACCACCUGUCCCAAAUGAAAAUGUGUCUGUGCUUGUACCUGAUCGGGAUAAGUUGGAAGAAGUGGCACAACAGUUAUCAUGUCUGAGACUUUUAGAAGGAGGUCACCAAAAGCCUUUGGACUGCCAAGCGAGGUACAAAAUUGCAAUCAUAGUGCCUUAUAGAAACCGACUAUCAAACCUCUGCACGUUACUUUUAAAUUUACAUCCAUUUUUAACAAAACAACAGUUGGAUUAUACUAUUUUUGUCGUAGAACAGUUCAAUAAGACUUUAAUUGUACAAGACGACGGACUAUUUAACCGGGGCAUGUUAAUGAACAUUGGAUUUACCGAAGCAUUAAAGUUAUACGAUUUUGACUGUUUCUUUUUCCAUGACGUAGACCUAAUACCAUUGAAUUAUAAAAACCUGUACAGUUGUCCGGAUCAACCAAGACAUAUGGCAUUAGCUGUUGACAAGAGGAAUUUCAGUGUGUUCAGGCUUCCGUACUUUGAUUACUUUGGCGGGGUGACGGCCAUGAGUCAAACGCAUUUCAAGCUGAUCAAUGGAUUCAGUAACAUGUUCUGGGGAUGGGGUGCCGAAGAUGACGACUUGAGGCAUCGGGUCAUUGCUAACAAACUAAGUGUUACCAGAUAUCCUCUGGACGUGGGACGUUAUCAUUCAUGUUCACACCACUAUCAAACGCCCAACCCGAAAAGGUUAGAGCUGCUUGAUUCCGGCUGGAAACGUCAAAAAACGGACGGCCUUAACAGUCUCAAGUACCAGUUAAUUGCACUGAAGAAAUUUCAGGUAUUCACGUACUUGCUGGUGGACCUAUCUGAUAAUCUCAGUUGAAGGACAAUAAUGGUGUGGUGCUAAUCAACAAGCCACUUAAAAAAAACCAUAUCUCUCUCUUUCUCUCUCCUUAUCACAUUCUCUUAUUUUGUGAGAAUCUAAUCGUCCUUCACUCUAUAUCCCUCUCUCUCUCUCUCUCUCCAAGAUAUACACAUACCGAAUUUUUUUUUUUAUUGUUUGGGUACCUAUUUAUAAUUUAAAGUAUAAGUUAACCGUACCAUAUUAUACAGUAUACACUACACACAUUUUUUUUGUUUUUAUAUACAAUUUAUUUGCGUAUACCCAGUAUAUUAAAUUAAACAUUCAGAGGUUAUCGGAUCCCUGAUGCAUAGGCGUAGAAUGGUGAGUGUCUAAGAGAGCCAUAUAGACUAUAGCUCCCCUGGAUAAAUUCAUCACGCUACGCCAUGUCCUGAUGUGGUACUAUUCUAAAAAAUGAAUUGUUGAUUGCAUAUGAACUUAAAUUAAAUGUUUAAAUCGUUGUA